AUGUCUUACCCGCUCAGCCUCCCGUCGGAAAAACCGCUCUUGACGGUCACGCAUCCCAGUUCGUCCAUAUGGGUCAUCGAGAUGCACAACGGAGAGGAUAGCAGGAUCACGCCUACGUUCAUCGACCACGGGUUCAAACCGGCGCUCGACCUGGUGGAGAAGGAAUGGCGCGACGCAUGGCACCAGGGCUAUACCUCUGGUAACAAGGAUCUUGGAGCCGGCGCUCUUAUAAUUGUCGGGAACCGGAAGCAAGACAAGUUCUUCAGUAACGCGACGCUGAACCCCUUCUUACGACGCCUUCUCACGUUCCCUAUACCCACGGUCGCUGCGAUCAACGGCCACUGCUUCGCGGCGGGGAUGAUGAUUAGCCUUUGUUGCGACUAUCGGGUCAUGACCGACGCGAGCAAGCGGCGCGCUUGGAUGUGCAUGAACGAGGUUCAUUUCGGCGCCGCGUGGCCAGAGUCGUUUGUAGGUCUCCUGCGGGGUAAGGUCGGCAGCGCGCAGGUACAUCGGCAGGUCGCGGUAGAGGGGUAUCGCUUCACGCCGCAGGAGGCGCUUAAAGCGGGGUUGGUGGACGUGCUCGUAGAGGGAGGCAGUGACACGGAAGCGGUGCUGGCGAAGGCUCAGCAAGUUGCCCAACGGGUCAGUACCCUUGCGAAGGAGGGAAGUCUUGGGUUGAUUAAGGCGACGCUGUACCCCGAUAUCGUAAAGUCGACGAAGGGGGAUUUGCAUAUUCCGGUGAUUGCUGAGGAGCACGCAGUUGCUAGGGCGAGGCUUUAGCGUUCUUCGUCAUGUUGCUUGCUUUCGAGGAUCGUGUAAGAAUUGGAAUGCGUGUGUGUC